AUGGAAGUUCGGUAUCACUCGAGCGGAUAUCGGAUGCGUCCAUUCUAUGAUGGUCUACCCUUGGCCAAUAUAAUAUCCCGAUUAUUUUCGGCCAUUCGUAACUUUCUUUGGACCGGUGAUAUUGGGGGCGGUCACCGUGGCAUGGUCUCGUGUCUGCGCUCCGCGUUCACUUGCAGCAAUGAAUCAGGCCUUUCUCUUGCGCAUGCUUCGGUGCUCUUUGGUCUUCUGAGAAGCAGAGUGGGAAUUCCAUCGAAUCUUCGAUACUUAUUCUCACAGCAGGUCUCGGAUUCUUUAUAUGUCAUGUCACUUCCCCUUUCGAAAAGUCACUUAAGGAAAGGUUUAGGCAACGACGCUACGAGUACUCAAGCCAAGGGAAGAGUCCGAAAAGCCAGGAAGGCAGAAGUGACUAAAGCACCUACUGAGACAAACAAGCCGGCUCCCCCCUGUAUAGACGAAUACUUCUUUAUGGAAGCUCCUCGUUGCAAGCAGCACCUUCAGAUACAACAAGUGCCAUGUUGUGUUCACUCCUUUAGGGAAGAUUCAGAAGAGUCGCUUUCUUCCUCUGUUAACGCAUUCUAUAAAGCAACCCAACGCCUUGAAGCAGGAAAGGCAAGCUAUUUUAACAACUCUACAAACGAAGCGAAGUGA